AUGGAGGAAUCGCUUAUCAAGACUGCUAGAAAUGCUGUUGGUGAAGGGUUAACCCAUAAAUUAAUCUGCUAUGGAAAUGGUUUAGUGGAAGGACAAUCCUGUUACUAUGAGAAGAAGCUAACAGAGUUACGCGUACAGAAGGUGUUAAAUCAGUUGUCAAAUAUCGGUAACUCAUCAUCAGAUUUGAGAGCUCUGCCUCAUGGUCUUGCUUCCUUAAUUGAAAAGGAAGAGCUAGCUAGUUCCUUCCAAAUUGUAACAGACAACCAUGGUCUAGUGGAGGAAGUACAGCCAGGGUACUUCCCAACACGCAGAGAUGUGAAGCCCUAG